AGAGUAGGUAGAUGAUGUUCAUACACAGUAAGGCCACCAAUUUUGUUCAGUGCGUCUUUCAGGCUUUUAAGCACGGGUAACGGUCCUCGUCGAGAUCCUUGAUUACGACGAAGAGUUCGACGUGCGAACUAACCUAUUGACACAACCCACUGAGUUUCUCGACGGUUCUUCACAGUGGGCCGGCGCUUUCGAUCCGGUGGUACGAAGCACUGCUCCCCUAAAGGCCAGGGUUAGCAAACUCACAGGUUGAGUUCGUGAGCUCCUCAUUAGAGAGUACGCUACUAAGGAUUAGCUGACGGAAAAAAGUACAUUACAAUUACUCAUUCAAGUUUUACAGGUACUAAUAUACAUAUGUAUAUUCAACGAUGUUGAAGUCACGAAGAGCAUCUGAUAAUCUGGUGAAAUAGUCACAUUUAAACCGGUCAUAACAAGCACGAGAGAUCGGGCCGUUUUCAAGUAAACUUUCUACCGUGAAAAGUAGGUUUCUUUUGUAAUGAAAACAAGUGGUAAUAUUGUAUGAAUCUUAUUGUCAACAACAAUGUAGUAAAUUUCUUGUAAAGAAAGCAAAGAACAUUUGUAUAAAGAGGGCGAGCUCACAAUUUCAUAUAUUUGUAUGUACUUAGUAACAUGUUCGUAUGAUACCGGUCUGGUCUGUCCACACAAACAAUGAAAGUUCAAAAAGAAACUCGUCCGAAGACAAGGUCAGCGCUCCUGUCAGUAGGCCACUGUGAAUCCAUUGUGAAUAUUGAACGACUCCAAACCAACAUGAGCCACGCACAACUCCUGGUCAUACGUAAUUGUAUUGUCGCAGGAAGCACAUCCUGUACAGUAUUUAAAGAGAUCCUUUAUUAGUGCCGCGAAAUAGAAAGUUUCGAAAAUCGAAAAACUUUCAAAAAUAAAAUUUAGGGAAAUAGUAGAAAUGAAACUUUAAAAUUUGUUAACGAAUAGUUCACAAAAUUAACACCCUGUGUCCGUUAAUGACUUCGAAUGUGGGCUAAGUGAAUUGUUUGAAUCAUAAACGUUUUCACGAACGAAUGUGUCAGCAAAACUGAUUUGAGCGAACGAUAUAGUGAAAAAAAAACAAGUUGACGGGACAAAUAAAGUAAACUAUAUUCUUUUGUAUUUAAAAGAAUAAAAGUGUACGGACAACAUCUAAUAAUGUUGGUAAAAAAAACGAGAAACGUUAUUUUUUUAUUGUUAUCACGAAUGAUGACGAUGUAUGCGGCCACGCUGCAACUGCAAUCGAUUCAGCCGCUGCUACAAACACAGUCCUCUUUGCAACAGCAGUUACUGGCUUUGCAACAGCUCCAGUUGAUCCAGAAAUUGAAUGCUUUGCAAGCGCCGAAAUUAACGCAAUCUCGUCCGCUACUUAUCUUACUACCGAAGAUGCACGCGAAUACAGAAAACCUUUACAAAAACCUAGAAAAGGUUAACAUACAAGAAGAUCACGUCAAAAAAUCAACCUUCGAAGACGGAGACACAGAUUCUAUAGUCAUUGACGCAGAACAACAAACAGAAAAUGGACAGAAAGCAAUAUUAUUGAUUCCUAACGACCCUAGAUUUUCUAUCGGUGGUUUCAUUUCCAGUAUACCGUUUCUUCCUAUAGAAAUCAAUGUUCCCGAUUCUAUAUCUUGGGUGUACAAUGGUAUAUCUAGUAUAAUAUCGGGGAUAGGUCAAAGAUUUCGACCUCAAAAUACUGAUGAAAUGGAAGAUAUGGGUCAAGGGGGACAGGAUUUGAGAGUUAAUUUACCUCACAUUAGACAGGUUAUGCCUAUUAUUGUUAUGCCUAUGGGACAAGCUUUGCAAUUGUGAUUAUACAGUAAGCCAACUAUGUUAAAGUACAAAGUCAUUGUUUUCUUAUUAUAUGCUUUUUGGAGUUAUUGUGAUCUAAAUUUUUUUUAUUAAAAACUACGUUGCUUUAUUCCGUUUAGGCAAAUUUAGGUUUGUUUUUUUAAAGAAAAGCUGCGUUUAAAUUGAAUUUUCUCUUUCCAUGACAAUUGAAAUCAACCUGUUCUUGAGCGAAUCUUUUAUUUGAAAUAUGUAUAAAUACUAAAUUUGGUUACUUAACAAAUUAUCUGGUUACUAGUUAAGAAACGUACAGUGGAUGUAUUCAAUGAAUUGUAAUAAUUUUUACUUGAAUUAUUAUAUACUAUAAUUUAUACCUAUGUACCUUGGUCACAAGAAAUAAUUAAAUUCGUAUUUAGACAUACAUAUGAUAUUCUAUCUAUAUUUUAUUUAAAUACAACACGUGAACUGAAUUCUUUUCGAAACUUCGGAAAUUAUUCGUGUAAAUAAUAAACGGAAGAGUAAAUUUAAAACCAUUUUAAUAAUGUAUACGCUGGUCCAAAUUUGAAAACAUGAGAAUUUACAUAUUUCUUCUAAUAGACUACUUUUAAUUAGUAUUAAAUUUGAAAAUAGUAAAGUGAUUCAAAAAUUUUAUACUUUUUAAAAGAAUAAAAAUCAGAACUUUCAAAAUAAAAACAAAAAAAAAAACAAUAUGAAAAAAAAUAUUUAUUUUGCUUAAAAUUAUGGCAAGAAUAAUAAUAGACAUGUUAUAGACAUGUUAUAAAUAACGCACGACUCAGACUUAAAUGCUAGAGAGUAAAAUUAAUAAAUGCAAAACAUGUUUAUCACUUUCGCUCAACAAUUACUCCUGUGUUUUGUUAUCGUUUGGCUGGUCGUCGUCAACAACCACAUCGAUUUCAACUUCAUACGUUCCAGGCUUGGUACGCGAUGGCCUCACAAUCACACCAGGCAUCUUGGACUCUGGGACACCGUCCACUUCGUUCUCAGCAGCAUUCGGGAUCGAUGUAGACACAUUCUGAAUUAAGUCAGAAUGAUAUCCCUCAAUCUUCUCCUGAGGCUUCUUAACCGACAUCAUUCCUUGUACGCGUUGCACCAAAUAUUCCAAUACCGGCCCCAAUCUGGAUACCCCGUCCGUGGCGAGUAAAAAUCCUUCGGCGUCCUGUCGUGGCCGCAGGACAAACAUGUUGAAAUUGAGGGUUUUCUUGACGGGCCUGGCCGCUGCCUGGUUGAGGCAGGCUAUAGCGACCAAUGCUAACAAGACGCGAGACAUGACUGUGACGGCGUGUGCCCGGGACGAUGUGAUUUUCUACACUGAGUCCGCUCCGUUUUUGCUGCGCGUCUAAGCUAAGCUAACGGUUUUACAGUAAAAAGACAAUAAUUGCCUCCUCUUGUGGCGAACGCUGGAUAAUUGCACCCAUCUCUCAGCACCUUUCGUUUGGAAAGUGAUUGAGUCUUAAUUCGCGUGAGUCAUCACUAUCGGAGACCAAGAUACGAGAUCCCGUUUUCGGUACGUGCUUCGAGUACGUACGGCUCCAUUUCCGUCAGUCGUUUACAGAGAGCUAUUGAAAAGAGUUCAACGUAAAUUGCAUUUUAGUGCAGUCAUGUUGCAAUCUCUGCGUAUCAUUUUAAGGUUCAUUUCAGUACACUCGCUCACCAUUUAUUGUUUUGUGUUAUAUUGCACAUUGGUUUUUGAAAAGUUAAUAACAUCAAUCACGGUAAAUUUUCUUCCGAGGGUGAUUGAUAGCUAAAUAAUGGUGCAGUAUCAAGGUCAAAGAAUGCAGGUCGAUGAAAUCUAUAUAUGUACAUAAAAAUGAAUUGCUGUUUGUUAGUCUCGCUAAAACUCGAGAAUGGCUAAUUUUGGUCUUAAAUUAUUUGUGGAAGUCCAGAGAAGGCUUAAAAGGUAGAUAAAUAUGAAAAUGCUCGCAAGUAAAUAAAAAUAACAAUUUUCGUCGGACGGAUUCCUUUUGUUUGUUUUAAGUUUAUUUUGCACAAGAAGGGCCGCGGUACGCGAGGAAUGGCGACGUCUGGUGAAGCGCACCACCAACCGAAGUGAUGACCACGACCACUCUGCCAAGAGUGCAUACGACUGAGAAGAAGUUUAUUUUAUACAAAAGCUUAGGUCUUUUAUUUAUCGAUUGAGGCACUACGAAGUCUGCCGGGUCAGCUAGUUUAAAAUAAAUAUUGAUAGAUAUCUUUAGUACAUUUUUAUUCACAUAGUGACAAUGAUCUUGACUUUGUUAAUAUAAUAUGUGGACUUAAAUAAUACAGAAAAUAGAAUUUUUAUUUCAAAUAUAUCUAUUUCAAUGCA